UGUUACCUAAUGGCCCUAACAAAGGGCAGUUUCGGAAGAAGAAAAGCUCUCCGUUAUCCUUUCUCAAUGGCGGUCUCCCUCUACUUCUAUAUUUUUCUGAACAGUCACGAACCUCCAAUUCAGGGACUUGAUAAAAGGAGAUCUAGGGGUGAAAAGUCUCUAUUCCGAAUAAAAUGUCCAGCAGUGAAGACUCUGAUGACCGACUAUUUGAACCGAGGCAUGCUCACUGUGAAUAGGCGCCGUCAUUGUUUCCUUAGACACACAACAUGUUUUCCGCUACACAUUUCACAUAAUUUUGAUGUAGGUCCUUGUACUGAAAUGCUUAUUUCCGGCUUUUGGGUGGGACCUGAUAUUGAAGAUGGGUGGGGUUUUGUGCAAGCAAUUGUACAUCAAACAUAUUGAUUUGCAGUUAGGUUAAACGGUGUUUUUGGUCAUACCUUGGUCCAUUCAUCCUUGGUUAAA